UGGGGGACAGAGAGAGAGCAUGAACGGGGGAGGGGCAGAGAGAGAGGGAGACACAGAAUCGGAAACAGGCUCCAGGCUCUGAGCCAUCAGCCCAGAGCCUGACGUGGGGCUCGAACUCACGGACCGCGAGAUCGUGACCUGGCUGAAGUCGGACGCUUAACCGACUGCGCCACCCAGGCGCCCCAAAACUUAUUUUUUUAACUUGUUAUGUUUCUCAGUAAAAGUUUAUUUUUAAAAAUAAAGGUCUGGGUUUCCUUUUCCUCUUGUUAGGUUUUGCUUUAGUUUGUUUGCUUACUUGUUUGUUUCUUUGGGGUUUUUUGUUUGUUUUUUGCUUGUGUGUACUCCUAUUCCCCCUGUACUCAUGUCUUAUGCAGGACAGGCAGCAUUGCUCUGGUGCCUGAGGGCAAGUUACUUACUCUUUCAAAAUCUGUUUCCUCAGCAUUCAAACUUCAUUGUAUAGUGUGGAUUGAAAGAAGAAAUAUAUGCCACUUACCCAGUGAGCAUUCAGUAAAUGAUGGCUGGUAUUAUUACUGGCAAGCAGGUUUGUUGGUUUAAAGGAGAGCCUUUGACUGGGCCAAGCUCACUCAUGGUUCUCUUUGUUUCUUCCCUCAGCCUCUGACCUUCACUGAGAGGGAGCCCAGGUGAUGGCAGCCAUGCCCCUGAACUCCUGGCACCAGGAGGUGGUGACCUUUGAGGACGUGGCUGUCUACUUCUCUGGGACAGAAUGGACUGGUCUUUCUCCUGGACAGAAGGCCCUGUACAGAAGUGUGAUGCUGGAGAAUUAUGGGAACUUGACAUCCCUGGGAUAUCAAGUUCCCAGACCUGCUCUGAUCUCGCUUCUGGAGGCAGGGAAUUUGCCAUGGGGCCUAGAGGCACAGGAUAACCUAUCUGCAGAGAGGACCAAAGACAUCUGUGAAGAUACUGAGACCAACAUUAACAGUGAGUCCACAUCAACACAGGGAAUUUCUGAAGAAAGAGAUGUCAUGUUGUCACAUGGUUUGCAGAAGAGUGUUCUUCAGGGAACCAACUUGCUAGAAAGCAGUGAACUGGAGAAACACCAGGAAAUCUCCACAGUAAAAAAUAUUAAAGGAAAGGCUCCAAGAAUCCACUGUGCAAGGAAACCCUUCAUAUGUGAGGAGUGUGGGAAAUGCUUCAGUUAUUUUUCUUACUUUGUUAGACACCAGAGAAUUCACACCGGGGAGAAACCCUUUGAGUGUAAUGAGUGUGGAAAAGCCUUUAAUGGCAAUUCUUCAUUAAUCCGGCACCAGAGAAUCCACACUGGAGAGAAACCCUAUCAGUGUGAAGAAUGUGGAAGAGCCUUUAAUGAUAAUGCAAAUCUGAUCAGGCAUCAGAGAAUCCACAGUGGAGACAGACCCUAUCUCUGUGGAGAGUGUGGAAAUAGUUUUACCAGUAGUUCUGAGUUUGUUAUACAUCAGAGAAUCCACACUGGGGAGAAACCUUAUGAGUGUAAUGAGUGUGGAAAAGCUUUUGUUGGUAAUUCACCACUGCUUCGACAUCAAAAAAUCCACACUGGAGAGAAACCCUAUGAAUGUAAUGAAUGUGGCAAAAGCUUUGGAAGGACUUCUCAUCUUAGCCAACAUCAACGUAUUCACACAGGGGAAAAGCCUUAUUCUUGUAAAAUAUGUGGGCAGGCCUUCAAUUUUCAUACGAAACUAACUCGGCACCAGAGAGUCCACAGUAUAGAGAAACGCUUUGACUGUGUAGAUUGUGGAAAAGGCUUUAGUGCUCAGGAACAAUUAAAAAGGCAUCUAAGGAUCCAUAUUCAGGAGUCUUCCUCUUUAUGUGCUGAGUGUGGAAAAGUCUUCACUAGCAAAAGAAAUCUUCUUCAGCAUCAAAGAAUCCAUACUGGCCAGAAACCCUAUGAGUGUAUCAAGUAUGAAAAAACCUUUAGGACUUCUUCCAAGCUAGGUCAUCAUGAACAUGUCUACCCUGGAGAGAAACCUGUCCUGGACAUUUGUCAUUUUGGCCUCCCAGAAUUUUUCACCCCCUUUUACUGGUAAUAGUACACUAAAUUUCCUUUUGGAUUUCAUCUUCCUCUCUAGUGGGAUGUGUGACACAGGCCUGGCCACAGAUUCCUUCCCCUAAGCUAUAGUUAUUGGUUCAGAUGUCAGUAGUUCGCCCACAAUGGUCCAGUUAGAGCCCCAGGACUUGGUAAGAAUUAAUAGGAAGAAAUGCUCUUCUUUUUUUCCUUAGUCUUACAGUGGAGAGGAAGUCUUAGAUUCUUGUGGAGACAGAAUAAAGUUAACAGAGUCAAAGAGGAAUCAUAGUUGAAGAGCAAUCACCCUGGAAUCUUCUGUUUGAACAACUGUGUUAAAUCAUAUCUGAAGCCAGAAAUACAUCUGGGUUUUUUGAUUCCAGUAACCAAUACAUUUAGCUUUGUUUUUGUUCUGUUGUGUUUCUUUGUUGUUGUUCAAGCAAGUUUAGGGUAGGUUUUCUUUCCUUGCAACAGAGCCUUACCAGCAUAACAAAAAUCUUCAGGGAUAACAAAUCUUAAGGAGAGUGUUUAGUGUUCCAGCAGUUCCUGUGAUUGUAAUAAGAAUGGAAAACCCGUUGUAAUUCAAGAGCACGGGCUAUAUCAGGACACCAGUAUAUAGAAGUUCUAGCUAUUUGAGGGGCACCUGAGUGGCUCAGUUGGUUGUGUGUCUGACUCUUGAUUUCAGCUCAGGUCAUGAUCUCACAGUUCGUGAGAUCAAGUCCCAGGUCAGGUUCUGUGCUGACAGCAUGGAGCCUGCUUGGAAUUCUCUCUCUUCCUCUCUGUCCCUCCCCUGCUUUGCUUCUCAAAAUAAAUAAAAACUUAAAGUUUUUUUUAGUUA